AUGUCCGAGUACCAACUCCCCGACAUCCCCGCCUGUACACCGUACGACCGUAGACUCAGCACAGGGAAUUACGGCUAUCAACCAAGCCUGGGAUGGGGCAUUGCAUUCACUCUCCUAUUCACGGCCAUAGCUGUCGGACAAGCAAUCCAUGUGUUACGCACUCGAGCCUUCUGGACUGUUCUGUUCAUCAUCGGCGCGAUACUCGAGAUCAUCGGCUGGGUCGGACGGACCAUCAGCCACCAGUGUCCAUACUCCCGAACAUGUUUUCUCAUGCAAACGGCAACAUUGAUCAUGGGAAUCUACGUCACUCUCUGGGUUCUAAUCCGCGACAUCGGUCGACACGUAUCCCCCUUCCCACCCAAAACCUACCUAUUCAUAUGCUUCAUCAUCGACUCCGUCUGUCUCAUCACCCAAGCCGUCGGCGGCGGUCUAGCCGGCUCCGCAUACAGCACCGGGAUCUCGAUACAAACAGGCACAACCAUCAUGGUAGUAGGGAUCAUCACCCAACUAGCCGCCGCCGUGAUCUUCUCAUUUCUUCUCGGAAUCGUGAUCUACCGCGGUGGGUCCGAGCUACGUGCAAACCCCCGGUUAUUCUACGUGGCUGGCGCUACCGUCUUCUCCACGGCGAUGAUGAUCAUGCGGAAUUUGUAUCGGUCGAUUGAGUUGACGGAGGGAUGGAGGGGGUAUCUGAUUACGAAUGAACGGUUUGUUCUCGCGUUGGAUGCCCUGCCGAUGGUGCUUUCGAUGGGGAUUUAUGUUUUUUUCAACCCUGGGGAACAUUUUGGGAAGGAAACGGUUGGUGUUGAUGAGCAAGAGCUUAUUUGA